AUGGGUAGAUAUUCUGUUAAGAGAUACAAGACAAAGAGAAGAACGAAGGAUUUAGACCUUAUAUACGAGGAUCUAGCGUCACAAAAACGUAUUCAAAAAUUAUUAAACCAGCCAUUAGAUGAAACAAAACCAGGUUUAGGUCAACAUUACUGUAUACAUUGUGCUAAAUACUGUGAAACAGCCAUUGCUUUGAAGACGCAUUUGAAAACGAAAGUCCAUAAGAGGAGAGUAAAAGAGUUGAAAAGCGUUCCGUACACACAAGAAGUCGCUGACGCUGCUGCAGGUUACAAUUUAAAUAAAUUCUUAAAUAGAGUGGAACAAGUUAAAACAGCAGUGGGCCCAGCAAAGGAAAAUAACGAAAAUUUAUUGCAUGAACAUCUAGAAACUACUUUGGCUAAUGUAAAAUCGACUGAACCAACUCUACCAUGGACGGAUCAAAAUGAAACUACUAUAGAACAACAAGAACAAAAUAUUAAUGAAGAGAUUAUAAUGAAAUAG